UUUCCCUACUUCACUUUCAAAUUCAAUCUUCUUACGAUUCUGAUUUAGCUGUUUUCACAAUAUGCCUGCGAUCCCAGAAGAGCCUUUGCUCGCUUCUAACCCAGACAGGUUCUGUAUGUUUCCCAUACAAUACCCUCAGAUAUGGGAGAUGUACAAGAAGGCCGAGGCUUCAUUCUGGACUGCUGAGGAGGUCGAUCUCUCCCAGGACCUUCGUGAUUGGGAAUCUCUUACUCAGGGCGAGAAACAUUUCAUUACCCACGUCUUAGCUUUCUUCGCUGCCUCCGAUGGUAUCGUCCUUGAAAAUUUAGCUGGUCGGUUCAUGAAGGAGGUUCAGGUCGCCGAGGCCCGCGCCUUCUAUGGCUUCCAGAUUGCCAUCGAGAACAUCCACUCCGAGAUGUACAGUCUGUUGUUGGAGACCUAUAUCAAAGAUUCUGAUGAGAAGCACCGUUUGUUUCACGCCAUAGAGACCGUUCCUUGCGUGGCCAAGAAGGCCCACUGGGCCCUUCGCUGGAUCGAUGGUUCGGAAUCGUUUGCAGAGCGCUUGCUUGCCUUCGCUUGCGUUGAGGGCAUUUUCUUCUCGGGCAGUUUCUGCGCGAUAUUUUGGCUGAAGAAGCGCGGUUUGAUGCCGGGUCUCACCUUUUCGAACGAGCUGAUCUCGCGAGACGAAGGGCUUCACUGUGACUUUGCUUGCCUUCUGUAUUCGCUGCUGAGGAAGAAGCUGAGCGAGGAGCGCGUGAAGAGUGUCGUUCGUGAUGCGGUGGAUAUAGAGAGAGAGUUUGUGUGUGAUGCUUUGCCGUGUGCUCUGGUGGGGAUGAACGGCGAUCUAAUGAGCCAAUACAUUGAGUUUGUAGCUGACAGGUUGCUGGGAGCUUUGGGAUACGGGAAGAUGUAUAAUGUUCAGAACCCGUUUGAUUGGAUGGAGCUGAUUUCGUUGCAGGGCAAGACCAAUUUCUUCGAGAAGCGGGUCGGAGAAUAUCAGAAGGCCUCUGUUAUGUCCAGUUUGAAUGGCAAUGGUGGCGUCCAUGUCUUCACAAUGGAUGAAGAUUUUUAACUUUUCUCAAACUUAAUCCCCUAAUAUAUAUUAUAGCCUUCCUGUAAUAAUAGUUAAUGUCCUAGGGCAAGUUUGUUUGUAC